AUGCCGACAUUGCUCCAAGCUCCAGAUGUCAGCAGAUCUCCCCUGACUCGCUUGGACAAUGUCUGCAAGGCCUUCGUCGCAGAGGCCAUGCAGGGAGGCCUGCGCCCACGCCGUCGCGCAAAGAAAGAAAGGAAGCGCUUUCCUUUGCCGCCACUUCCACGGGCGCCUCCUCUGCAUCCUGAAAUUAUGGAGGCCGAUGAGAUGUUGGGCCCAAGUGUCUCCGACGAAGAUGCAGGCUUUGGCAUGCAAGCGAUUCAGUAUGAUGGCCUCUGGCCACGAACAGAACCCGGCUGCAGCAAAUUUCCACCUUUGAGCUUACCGUCCACCUGGAUGCUUCUGAGUCUGGAGGCGGAUAAGAUGAUGCGGUCGACCUCGUCUUUCCACUCGGUGAGCAGCCGCAGCAUGCGAAGAAGCCAAAUGCAUCAGACGAGCAAGGCGGAGAAGCUCGACUCGACGCAGACGUCCGAGACUCGGGCGAAGGAGCAAUCGGACGCCAAGCGCCCGGCAGCUCUCAGAAUGAACUCCGAAAGUUUCAUUGACGAAGAAGGCCCAAAUCGUGACCUGAGCGGCGGCUCCGGCACUAGCCCCGUGACGCAUGUGCUAUCAUCCCAGCAGAGCCCGGAGAACUUUGCGCCGCGGGGCCAGGUUGCAGAUCGGCAGAGUCGACCCAGCUUGGUGCGGGCUGAGGAAGGCUUCGUCGGGCCAGCACAGAUUGAUGGUGGACUCCAGGAUCUUGUCAGCCCCGACAGCGACAGCGCUUCGCGGUGGGUGAGGCAGACCAGCCCUUCGGAUUUCACCCCAAGGAGCCAGGACAGGUCCAUCCGAAUGAGCCGCCUCGAUCCGAUGAACCGCGGGGAUUCGCUAAGCACCAUGAACCCUGCGUUGCAGUCCCCGCAGACCUCCCCAACGACAACUUCACUGGCGGCGCUGGUAGCUGAGGACGAGUCCAAGCUCGACCAGGCGGCCCAAGAAGUCUUCGUCAAAGUGAAGUGGGAGGGUGAGAACCAGGUUCACCGCUCAUCUCUCCUUUCGGCUUUGGAACUCCUGGGCUUCGUUGCCCCGAAGCAGAGCUGGGUCGAUGAGAUCUUCGAAGAGAUCAGCCCACAGUACAACCAGAUAGAGUUUGAUGUGUUCAGAGACUUCAUCAGGAAAUACAUCGCCUACCAAGACAAGGCUUAUGAAGCAGCCUUCGCAAGAUGCGACGGUGAUGGUUCUGGCCUGGUAGAGGCUUCGGAAGUUGCUGUCCUUCUACGAGACUUUGACAUUGAGCCGAUGACGCACGUCCUGCAAGAGGUCAUUGAUGAGGUGGACAAGGAUCGUGGAGGAACCUUGGACCCUGAAGAGUUUAAGGAGUUGAUGGAACUACUGAAGCGUCGAGAAGGGUUCACAGCCAGCGAGUACGAGGAAUUUGUCGGCAUCUUUGAACGCCACGGUCACGACGGGACCAAUCUGCUAGACAGCAAGGAGUUCCAGACCAUUCUGAAUUGGCUGGGCUUCUGCUGGCCUCCUGAAAGGACACAGAAGAUCCUGGACCAGGUGGACCAUGACAAAGCCAAAGGCAAGCUCAAUCAGCGUCAGUACCUGCAGUGCAUGCGACGCGUGCGGGAAUCCGAGCUUGAGCUCCUCCAGAAGCUGAUCAAGGAGAACGACGCAGACCACUCCGGGACCAUCAACAUGAUGGAGGUGGUGCCCGUCUUGAAGGAUCUUGGCUACGAGAUGUGGGACAUCUCGGCCAUCCACGAGGCUGCCGAAGAAUGUGGCGUCGCAGCCGUCGAGAUGGACUUAAGCGCUAUGUGGAGGCUGCUGCUCACGUAUCGCCAGCGAGAGGGCUUCUGCAAUAUUGACCUGGAGCAAGUUGACGCCUCCUUCCACAAGCAAGACAAGGACGGCGCCGGCCAACUCCCUGCUCUGGAGGCGACGCGUGCUUUGCGAGAGCUGGGCUUUACGGCGGGCUUUCACGUCAUGCACAGCGUACUCAACAAGGUGGACGUGGACGACACAGGCACUCUUGACAAACUCGCGCUCGAGGGCCAGUGGCUGGCCAUGGCGGACGGCCUGGCUCCCGUGGCCUAUGCGGCGCCCACACAGCUGGAGUCUGAGGCGCCCUCGGGCAAGGAGUCGGAGCCGGCAGCAGCACCUCCGCGGCAGCCUGGCGCACGGCUGCUGUUGUGCCUAUGCUUGGCGUCCGCGAUCGAAGGUAUUGAUUCUCAGCUGGUGCCUGCUUGCAUGUUCCAGCUUCAGAAGAACAUCAUGACCCUGACAGACGUUGCGAUCUUGAACACCGUUCAAAUGGUGCUGACGAACUUGGCUGCUCCUUUCUGGGGCAUACUCGCAGACAGAGGUACAUUGAAGAGAAAGCAUAUUAUACUUUUGGGUGCUCUUGGAGAAGGCUGCGCAGCUGGUUUCAUGUCCAUGGUGCCCAACUUUCUGGUCAUGGUGAUCUUGCGGGGCAUGAGCGGCUUCUUCCUCGCCUCCCUUAGGCCCGUGGUGAACGGCAUCAUCGCAGACAUGACGUCGGAUGAUCGGCGCGGAAAGAUGUUUUCCCUGGUGCAGAGCUCCCUGCUUGUUGGUAUGUGCUGCACCACACUGAUAGCCGGCAACGUGGCCAACAUCAGUUUGGGCGAGAUGCCUGGGUGGCGCUUUGUCUUCUUGCUUGCAGGAUGCACUGCUGCAUGCAUCGGCGUGCUGGUGUGCAUGCUCAUGGUGGAGCCGCCCAAACAGCUGGACGAAUCGGCUGACAAGAAGGGCUGCCAGGCCGUGGCAGAGGAGCUGCGCGCGCUGCUGGGCUUCCUCUGCAUCCCCACUUUCUGCAUCAUGGUUGUGCAGGGAAUAUUUGGCACCAUUCCGUGGACGGUUAUGGGCAACAACUUGCUCUUCUUCAAGCUUUCCGGGCUCGAAGACUGGCAAGGAUCCAUCCUGGCAUCCGAGGGCACCAUCGUGGGCGUCUUCGGAAAUCUGAUCGGCGGAGUGGUGGCCGACUGCCUGGCCGCCCGCCUGGGCUACCAUGGGCGGCCGCUGAGUGCACAGAUUACAGUGGCCAUUGGCAUCCCCCUGAUUUACCUGUGGUUCCUGGGCAUCCCGCCUGGAUCUCCUGCGAGCACCUUUGGAGUGUACUUCACUAUCAUUGCUGCCUUUAGCUUGCUUGGCAACUGGGCACAGUCCGGAACCAACUUCCCAAUUCUCUCGGAUAUCGUGCCACCGAAGCACCGAAGCAAAGUCAUGGCUUGGGAGUGUGCCUUGGAGAACUCCAUUGCCACUUUGAUUGGCCCAGUUUUUGUGGCCAAGCUGGCGAUGAUGUUUGGCUACACCUUUGGCGAAGAAGAGGCCGAGGGGAAGUCCCUUUCGGCCGCCACCGCCCUGGGCCAAGCCAUGGCCGCCACCAUCUGCAUCCCUUGGCUGGUGACCUUUGCCCUCUACAGCCUGCUUCACAAGUCGUAUCCGGCGGACAUGCGCCGCUUGAAG